AUGCAUAUCUAUGCUUCUUGUGGGUUGUGGAAAUUUGAUCCCCUUAAAGGAUGGAGAUUUGCGGUUGAUAAGAACAAACGAGGUAGAGUAUUGUACAUGGAAUUGACAAGUUCCUUUGAAGACCUAAGGCGUAUGGUUUUAGAAGAUUUUGGAAUUGACCAAAACCUUGUCGAGCUUGAGUUAAGCUACUUACCUAUGGAGUUAAUCGGUUCAAUAGACUGUCCCCCAGUUAUCAUUGAGAGUGAUCGGCAAGUCAAAAAAUUUCUUACUUAUGUACGUGGAAAAACUUCUACAAGGUUGUGUGUGUCUACUUCACCUAUCAGUGGAAACAACAGCAACAUUGGGGUUGAUAAUGAGAAAUCUAGCUCGCCUAUCAGAGAACAAGGUGAACCUUCCUCGUUUCCACCUCGAGAUGACAGUGUUCGUUCAUCUGAAUCAAGCAAGGAUGUUGAAGAUAAUUCCAAUUCAAACGCCAAUAAAGAAGAUGAUGUUCUCGCCAUUAAAGCAAAAGAAGACGAUAAUGGAAAAAGUGUUCGGUUUUCUUUGGUGGAUGUUGUGAAGAGGGGUGAAACGUUUCAAAACAAAACCAUGUUGAAAGCAACUAUGGAAAUGUCGGCAAUGACGCAUAAUUUCGAUUACAAAGUUGUGAAAUCUGACAGAAACCUUUGGUACAUCCGAUGCAAAUACAACCCUUGCAAAUGGAGUGUUCGAGCUGAGGGGUUAUCAGGUUCCACAUAUUUCAUCAUCAAAAAAUAUGUGGCGGAUCAUACAUGCGCUGCGUCGAGUAUGAAUAAUGGUGGUCGGACAGCUUCUGCAAAGACAAUUGGCAGUCUAAUAAUGCAUAGGUAUGAUGGUGUGAAAGAAGGUCCCAAAACAAAUGAUGUCAUACAGAUUAUGAGGAUGGAACAUGGAUGUGAGAUAUCUAAGUCCUUAGCAUGGGAUGCUCGGGAGUUUGCAAUUAGCAUGGUUAGAGGUAUUCCAGAGAAGAGUUUUGGAAAAAUUCCAAAGUACUUGCACAUGCUGAGAGAAGCUAAUCCAAGAACGCAUACGUUUUAUGAAACCGAUGUUGAUGGUAGAUUCAGAUUUCUCUUCGUUUCGUUUGGCCAAUCAGUACGAGGUUUUCAGACAGCCAUGCGACAAGUUCUUGUGGUAGAUGGGACAUUUUUGAAGAGCAAAUACAAAGGGGUCUUACUUGCUGCGACCGCUUUAGAUGGAAACUCUAACUUGUAUCCUGUUGCGUUUGCGGUUGUGGACUCAGAAAAUGAUCGUUCAUGGGAUUGGUUUAUGAGACAACUAAAGGUUGUUAUUGCGGACGAGCAUUCUCUAGCUUUUGUGUCAGACAGAAAUGCCUCACUUUGUAAGGCAAUAGAGAAUGUGUAUCCUCUUUCUCAUCAUGGAAUUUGCAUCCACCAUUUGUUGAAUAAUGUGGUCACACAUUACAGAGGAAAGAGACUGGCUGGAUUGAUUGCAAAAGCUUCUAAAGCUUAUAGAGUCAUUGAUUUUCAGAAGCGAUUCCAAGCUGUCUGCAAUAUUAGUCCAGCUAUUGGAAAAUAUUUAACAGAUGCAGAUGUUACAAAGUGGGCUCGCUGUCAGUUUCCAGGAUUCAGGUAUGACAUCAGAACGACUAACCCAGCUGAAUCAAUAAACUCUGCUUUGCGCACACUAAGAGAGUAUCCAGUCAUUCCUUUGUUGGAUAGCAUCAGAGAAAUGCUGACCCGUUGGUUCUUCGAACGGCGCACACGAAGCAGGAAGCACAGCUACUGA